AUGUCGCACCGCAAGUACGAGGCACCCAGACACGGCUCUUUGGCCUACCUGCCGCGCAAGCGUGCUGCCCGUCACCGCGGAAAGGUCAAGUCCUUCCCCAAGGAUGAUGCCAAGAAGCCCGUCCACCUGACGGCCACCAUGGGCUACAAGGCCGGUAUGACCACGAUCGUUCGCGACCUCGACCGUCCCGGUGCCAAGGCCAACAAGAAGGAGGUCGUCGAGGCCGUCUCCAUCAUUGAUACCCCACCUUUGAUCGUUGUUGGUCUUGUGGGCUACAUCGAGACCCCCCGCGGCCUGCGCUCGCUCACCACCGUCUGGGCUGAGCACUUGAGCGACGAGAUCCGCCGCCGCUUCUACAAGAACUGGUACAAGUCCAAGAAGAAGGCCUUCACCAAGUACGCCAAGCAGCACUCCGAGAACUCUGGCGCCUCCAUCACCCGCGAGAUCGAGCGCAUCAAGAAGUACUGCACCGUCGUCCGCGUCCUCGCCCACACCCAGCCCCGCAAGACCCCCAUCAAGCAGAAGAAGGCCCACCUCAUGGAGAUCCAGAUCAACGGUGGCUCCGUCGCCGACAAGGUCGACUUCGGCUACGGUCUGUUCGAGAAGCCCGUCGAGGUUGGCUCCAUCUUCGAGCAGGACGAGAUGAUCGAUGUCAUCGCCGUCACCAAGGGUCACGGAUUCGAGGGUGUCACCGCCCGUUGGGGUACCAAGAAGCUUCCCCGCAAGACUCACAAGGGUCUGCGUAAGGUCGCCUGUAUCGGUGCCUGGCAUCCUUCCCACGUCCAGUGGACUGUCGCCCGUGCCGGUCAGAACGGAUACCACCACCGUACUUCCGUCAACCACAAGGUCUACCGCAUUGGCAAGGCCGGUUCCGACAACAGCGCCUCCACUGAGAUCGAUGUCACCAAGAAGACCAUCACUCCCCUCGGUGGCUUCGUCCGCUACGGUGAGAUCAACAACGACUUCGUCAUGGUCAAGGGCUCCAUUCCCGGUACCAAGAAGCGUGUCAUGACUCUCCGCAAGUCCAUGUUCACCCACACCUCGAGAAAGGCCCUCGAGAAGAUCGACCUCAAGUGGAUCGAUACCUCGUCCGAGUUCGGACACGGCGCCUUCCAGACGCCGGCGGAGAAGAAGCAGUACCAGGGUACCCUCAAGAAGGACCUUGCUGCUCAUACGCUAUUCAGCUCGUCCGCAACCCAUAAGAAGGGAAUGAAGACCACUACCCCGCGAACGCUCUAUCGAAAUCUCUGCCAACGAACCCUCUCCUCAUCGACGUUAAUCUCCAUCCCGCGCAACCCAUUCGUACUACGACGGCUGAGUACUGCGCCAGGCAGCUGCAGCACGAGCAAGGUUCUCCCGCCUCGUCAGAUAGCCACCAGCACGUUCUCGACGUAUACACACUUGAAAAUGUCCGACGCAGACUACGCGGCGUUCCUGGACAAGGCGAACCAGGACCCCAACGAGGGACACGCCACCACGACCAGCGAGAGCAAGGAGUUCAAGGCGCAAGACAAGGGCGUCGAGGUGCCCAAGGCCAUUCAGGACGUGUUGAAGCAGGAUAAAGUGUACAUCUCGGACGCGGAUGAGCCGUUCGUCGGCGUCGCGCUGCAGUGGGAUGAGGCUGGCAAAGGUUUGCCGGACGAAGUCGAAUUCGCGCAACUUAUCGAUCACCCCGACGCCGAGAACGCAGACGUGGAGCUCCUGGACCCCGUGGACUGGGACUCGAACGGCGAUUACAAGGACGUCAUUGAGGCGGUCCGCAAGGCGGGCAAGGGCAACGACGUUAGAGUUUACAAGGUGCCAAAGGGCGGUGUCCGGACGGAGUACUGGCUCGUCACGACGGAUGGGAAGGGCAAGGAGGCGAAGCUCGUGGGCGUCAAGGCGCUGUCUGUCGAGAGCUGA